AAUUUCAAAUUGCAAAAAUACCACAAUCUUCUCAACUAAUCCUUUCGUUUUUAAAUCUCUCAAUUUUCGAAACCCUCCAUUUUUGGUUUCCAAGAUCAAUUUUUUUUUUUCCCUUCAAUUGUCUUCGUCGGCGGAUAAUGGAUUCAUUGGACAACGGGAAUUGGGAUUUUCUCGACUGUUCAUUUAUCGGAGAAACACAAUCCUCCGAUUUUCUAUGGUCCAAUAACAGUAUUAUGGAGGUUGAUUUCUCAGGUGGUGGUGGUGGUGGUGCUGGCAAUAAUGGCGAGGGUGAAGGUGAUAGUAAUUUGCAAGAAAGGGAUGAGAAAGAAUGCUCUCGUAAGAGGGUACGCACUGACUCUUGUAGAAAGCAAGGAACAAAGGCUUGUCGUGAGAAGAUGAGGAGAGAAAGAUUGAAUGACAGGUUUUUGGAUUUGAGUGCUGUUUUAGAACCUGAUAGGCCUGCAAAAACUGACAAAACUGCUAUUCUUGAUGAUGCUGUAAGAGUUCUUAACCAACUGAAAAGUGAAAAUCAAGAGCUUAAAGAAACAAACGAAAAACUACUCGAAGAAAUAAAAAGCUUAAAGGCGGAGAAAAACGAGCUUCGCGAAGAAAAACUCGUACUAAAAUCAGAUAAAGAAAAGAUGGAGCUGCAAUUGAAAUCCAUGGCAAUGCCACAUUCUGGAUAUAUGCAGGCUCAUCCAGCUGCUGCUGCAUAUCAAAAUAAGAUGGCGGUUUUUCCAGGCUAUAGUCUAGUUCCAAUGUGGAACUAUUUACCACCGGCUACUCGUGAUACAUCUCGUGAUCACGAGCUGAGGCCCCCGGCCGCUUAGUUUCUCAACUUCAAACACUCCAACAAGGUCUUUGUUUUUUACAUUACCUUUCUUGUCUUAACAAUUUAUCUCAACUUUUAUUGUGUUCUUCUCAAGACAUGUAAAUAUCACUACUGUCUCAAUUUGCCUCAUAUUUUUUUUAAUCAAUUCAAUGGGGUGGCAAAUUUAGUGAAAAUGGCUAGGAAUGUAAUGAUGAUGACAUGGGAUUUUCUAAUAAAUUGUUGUUGUUGUUGUUGUUCUUA